AUGUUCAGGAAAACUGGCAAAAAGGUGCUGUUCGUGACCAACAACGCUACGAAAUCUAGGAGAAAGCUCAAGGAGAACCUCGACAAGCUCGGUCUCGGUGCUUCCGAGGAGGAGUGCUUCGGCUCCGCCUAUGCCUCUGCGAUCUACCUCUCUGAAGUCCUCAAGUUCCCCAAGGACAAGAAGGUGUAUGUUAACGGAGAGGAAGGUUUGGAGGAGGAACUGGAUGCUUGUGGCAUCAAGCACUGUGGAGGCUCUGACCCCGAGGACAGGGAUUUCAAGCCUCCUAUCAACUGGGAUGCGUUCAAGCCCGACGACGACGUCGAGGCUGUUCUUUGUGGUUUCGACUCUUACAUCAAUUACCAAAAAUUGGGUAAAGCCAUGACCUACUUGCGUAACCCCAAAUGCAAGCUCAUCCUCACCAAUACCGACCCCACCUUUCCCACCCACGGAGAGCUUUUCCCUGGUUCUGGCUCGUUAUCCCUCCCCAUCGUAAACGCGUCCAAGAGAGAGCCUUUGGUGAUUGGCAAACCCAACAAGUCCAUGAUGGAUGCCAUCCUCGCUCACCACAAGGUGGACCCCUCGAAAGCGCUCAUGGUUGGUGACAACCUCGCUACUGAUAUCGAAUUCGGUCUCAACAGCAACAUCCGGACAUUGCUCGUCAUGGGCGGUGUUACCAAGCACGAGCAAGUAUAUGGCGAGAACCCCAGCAAGGUGGUCCCCGACAUGGUCAUCAACAGUCUUGGAGACUUGGCUGUCUUGGCCAGACAGUAA